AUGCAUUCUCCAAACCAAGCUCCCUCGCCUAGUCCCCAAUGGUCAGAAGGACCGCAAAAUGCCGUUCUAAAUGCACCGGCGUCUGCCCAGGGAGGCUCGCGAAAUAUUGGGAACGGACGACCAAGCACCAUUCAUGACUAUUGUCUGAAAGCAAACCGGGAAGGUCGCACGAAAUGUAUCUGGAUUUGCAUGAAGAAGGGAAGAAGAUGGAUUGCAAAAGACAUAAGUGUUGAAAAGACGGGCUACGUGCUCGGAAUUCCGGAACUACGCAAGCAAUGCAGUUGGUGGAAACGGCAUUCCCUUUUUUCUGUAGUGGGAGUCAAGGAAAUCAUGAAUCGCAGACAUACAGAGUGCCAUCGAGCGCUCGGCCUCAGUCAAAGACGUGUGGGAAUGCGGAGUGGAUAUCAUGGGGAAAAGCCACCCCCCGGUAUUGAAUGCUCUAAUUCAGCUUGGGAUGAAAUAGAGGGUACCUAUUACUGUUCUGUCCAGCAUUUCCGAGAGCUGAACCUGCAAGAGGAAGUAUAUAAGUGGUUGCCAGCAAUGAUAGAAUGCUAUUGGCAAAAUGGAAUUCAGUCAGACGACCUUGAAUUUCUCGAAGCUGGAAAAUUUGUGACUCUUUAUAGAGUUCUUGCAUGGGAUACUCAAAGUGAUGCUGCGAGUCCCUAUGGACGAGUGAUAUAUGGUUUCAAGUUGGUUGAAGGCUGGCGCACACGCUAUCUGUUGUAUCUUGUCAUGGCUAGUCUUUUUCUAAGUGCUUGCGUCGUGGCAAUCGCAACUGCGGUUCUGCAAGACUUUGAAGCGGGUUUGACAGCAGGCUCAUACGCACUUGCAAUCACAGCGGUAGCUCUUGCAGUCUUAACUUUCCUUAGUGCUGUCAUUUGA